UAUUAUUAUUAUUAUUAUUAUUAUUAACAUCUUCAGAAUCAUCAACACCAUCAACAUUGUCAGCAUCUUAUUUAUUUACAUCUCACUAUGCCUAAGCGACAUCGCGCAAGUCAAAUGAGAAAUAGAAAGUUCCUUGACCCAAAAAAACUUGCUUUUGAAAACCAGAAAUUCAAAAGAAUCUUCAAAAUCAAUGAAGGUCUGCGUUCUCACAAUCUUGAAUUGCUUCGAGAAUGUGGUCGGAAAGAAGGCUUUGUGAAUGAUGCCAUGCGACGUCGUGUCUGGCCAGUUUUGUUACGUUGUGAAGAGACAAUAGGGGAACCUUUGGAGAUACUGACAAAUACACACAAAGAUGAAUCUCAGGUGGCGCUGGAUGUGCCGAGAUCUGUCAAUAGAUAUCCUCCUAAUAUUGACGAUGAGCGUAGAAAGGCAUUACAGGAUGAUUUGAAGUUAGUUAUUUUGCAUGUGUUACGUUCUUGUCCAAGCUUACAUUAUUACCAGGGAUUUCAUGAUGUCUGUACUGUAUUCUUGCUCUUAUUUGGCGUAAAUAAGGCUAUUGUACUAGUGGAGAAAUUGGCCAUUUAUUUCCUAAGAUAUCCUUUAUUACAAAGAAACAAUAAUGCGAUGCUAGUCGAAUUGGGACCUGUUCUAGAGGAACUCAGUUUGGUGGACAGUUUAAUAAUGAGUGAAGACGAAGAACUGGCUGCAUUUAUAAAAAAAUCAGACAUCGUACCAUUCUACGCUCUCAGCUGGGUGAUUACUUGGUGUAGUCAUGACCUUGAUGAUCUUGACAAGAUUACUCGCCUGUUUGAUUUCUUUCUGUGUUCAAAUCCUCUCAUGCCCGUGUAUUUUACAGCAGCCGUUGUUCUUUCUCGGCGGUCAGAGAUCCUCAGGCUGGAGUGUGAAUUCAGCACGGUCCAUGGUUUUCUGACCAAACUCCCACAGGACAUUGAUGUGGAACGGUUGAUUGGAUCUGCUAUUGAAAUCGAGGGUCGAUAUCCGCCUAUUGCACUUCAGUACAAGAGCGGAAUCGGACUGGCGACCAUAUCAACAGUGAAUACAUAUGACGAUCUCUGGAUUUCUCUUGAUACAGCUACUAUUAUUAAAGAAGGAGAGGUCAAGGUUGAUCCAGCAGUCUUGGCGGCCGAAUCAGAGGCUCAGGCAAAGGCAGCACUAGAAAUACCUCACAAUGAACGCACCCGUCUACCGAUACCCACCAAGACAACUCAAAUACAAGGCAAAGACGACGAGUUCAAACACCACUCCGAGUUUGUUCUGGACAAGCUGCGUCGGUUGUCAAGACAGGAUGUGUUUAUGAUGGCUGCCAUUAGUGCUGGCGUGGGAACAUUAGCGUUCUUAAUAUCACAAGAUAUAUUGAGAGAGUGGAUACUGUUUUAAUGACACAUGUGAUAUAUAUAUAUAUAUAAAUGUGUGUAAAAUUCAUAAUUAAUUGUUAUAAUAUUAAUACCUAGAGAUUAAUUACAAUGACAAUGAAACAUACAUAUACAAAAAUAUCUUUAUAUUUUAUUGUUAUAUUUUGAUAUGAUUUUGAAAUAUAAUCCUUUGAUUUUUAUAAUUG